CCUUCCUUCCACCCUACAGUUGUCGCGCUUCCCAAGGUCUGUCUACGAGCAAACAUAACACUCGCGCGAGUCCAACAAGAUAUAAUUCAAAGGAAAACAUGACGGAGGCAUCUGCAUUUCCACAGGGCGUGGAGCAAGGUGCAACCUCUCGCUAUGGCAUACCAGAUAACGGGACGGAUUACUGGGCGACUUAUCAAUGCCACGGGACUACCAUUCCGGUCGUCGACACGCCGUCGCCGUACUGUCUAGUACCAGGAGGGUGAGCCACGCCACACAACGACUCCCGACAUCUCCCACAAGGGCCAUGACUGAUGAUUUUUUCCCUCCCCGCAGGGUACGGGCGAUGGACAUGUGCUGUUCGACGAUCGGCAACGAGACCUCAUACCCGCAACUCGAGCCCGACUGCUACGUCUGGUGCGCGGUGAACCUCGUCCGCGUCCCCGGCCAGGACGCCCUGGCGGCCACGCAUGCCGCGUUCCUGCGCUGCCUCCAGACGGGGAAGGAUGCGGAGAACGUCCAGCUCUCGUGUGGACUCGGCACGGGCGCGUCGUCGGGUUCGAGGAAUCCCACUACGAUCACGAGCCCGACCAGUUCCGUGUCGUGGACGGGUGGUGCCACUGGUUCGACGGCCGCGACGACGACCACGACAGCAUCUUCGACGAAUGCAGCGUCAUCAUCGGUCCCUCCCGCGGCGCAGACGACGACGACCCGGCCCUCACAGGCUGGUUUGGGCGCUGUCCGACAUGGCAGUCUCGCGAUCUUGGGGCUGUGGAUACUGCAGGGAGUGCUCGCGGGAGCUCUAUAGGUUCUGGUCAAUCGACACCUUGUCAACUUCUCUGAGAACAUGUAGAACAUUUAUAAUAUCUUGGAAGAUCAUGGAUCCUUGCCUGUCUGAUACUGUUACCGUCGGCGGGUUGUCCGAUAGUGGUCAACGGGUGUCAUGGAAAAUUGCCUGUUGUGGGUGACAAUGAAGAGGCUUUAUGAUUCGUAAUCUACGGUCGACGGGUCACUGAUGCCCUCAUCACGGGGGAUUGAUGCUUAUCUCGCAACUUGCUGAUCACGCUCCGUCGAACGCAACCCACGGCCUCGACCUCGGCGAUGGUAUGACAACAUCGCCGUAUCUGUCCACGUCUAUCUUGUGUAUAUACCGAGAUGCUGCAUUGAUACAAUUUU